CGCCCGAAUCCGGAAGAAGCUGAUCUUUUAAAAACUGACAGCAGGUCAGGUGGAAAACAACGCUAGGUUUUCGCAUCAAGGAACCAUUUGUGGUAUUCAUAAGUGGAUCAACUCGCUAUGUGGCCUAACCAAGGUCCUCCAAUGGGUCCCGCGGGCUACCCUGGAAUGGGGGCCCCCGGCUACCCUGGAAUGGGCCCCUCAGGCUACCCUGGUACCCAACCAGUAUAUCCACCUGGUAUGAACCCAGCUAGACCUGGUGUCCCGGGACAACCCUAUUACCCCACUGGUCCAGCUGUCCCUCCUUAUGCAGGAGCCCCAAUCCCUCAUGCCCCACUCCCAUCCGGUGGUGUCUAUCCUGCCCCCAACCAUAGCCCUUUUCCUGGAGCCCACCCUGGCCCUUAUCCUGGUGCUCACCCUGGUCCCUAUCCUGGAGUUCACCCUGGUCCCUAUCCUGGAGCUCACCCUGGCCCUUAUCCUGGAGCUCAGAAAGGCCAGAAAGGCCAAAAAGGCCAUAAAGCCCAUCACAACGGCCCUCAUUACGGACCUCAACACUAUGGGGGUCACAAAAUGGCUGGGGGGUUAGGAGGAGGUUUAGCAGGUGGUUUAGGAGGGAUAGGAAUGGCUUUGGGGGGACACAAUAUGCACAAGAAAUUGAAAAAGGUGAAGAAGGUGAAGAAAGUAAAGAAGGGCCUCAAACACAUGAAACAUGGCAAGCAUUCUUCAAGCAGCAGCAGCAGCAGCAGCAGCAGCAGCAGUAGCAGCAGCAGCGACUAAAGUUAGGGUCCAACAAAUUACCACCCAAAACCCUGUACAGCAGUUUCACUGACAUUUGUCUUAUACAGCUUCUUUUAAUGGGCUUCACUCUAAACUAUAUUAUUAUUAUUAUUAAUAAUAAUAAUAAUAAUAAUAAUAAUAAUAACAAUAAACAAUUAUGUAAUAUAAGAAAGAUGCUGUCUUUUCAAAACAAUUUAUUGUAUUAUUUAUCACAGUAAAUUAUAUUGUUUUCUCAGUGUCUAUAAUGUAAAACUCCUUGCCUUCGUCUUUUGAUGUAUUUUUUUUUUUUUACCUGACAGUUUACUGUUAAACAACCUUUAACUACAUGGUAUAGAUAUACAGUAUGUUCUCAUGUAAGGAUGAAGCACAGCUACUGAACAUUGCAGUUGAAGAUAAUUUAUGUAGGCCUAUAUUGUUACACAUUAUAUUGUUAAAAGUGUUAAUAAGAAAUCUUAUAGUAAAUUAUAUCAAACUGGACAUCUAGAUUAUGGUGCUUAUGGUCUUGUCUCAUUGUGGAAAUCAUGACACUGUGAAGAUGUGAGAGUGCCUUAUUAUUAGACAGUUACAUGGGCAAUGGUAAAUGAAAUGCUUGAUACCAUGCUUUAAAACCUGUAGAAGCACCUGCCUAUAUGUGUGGAAAGCACAACACUGUGAGGUUGGCGAGUGCCUUGUCGUGAAUGUAGAGCCUGUUACAUUAUGCAGUGGUGAAUAAAAUCUUUCAUUCUGA